AUGAGUACACGUUUUCAACCAAAAAGUGUGCCUGGUGGUCGAUUAACACCAUCAAAUUUAAGUUCAACAACACUAACAAAUUCAACAAUAUCACCAUCGUCACCAUCGACAUCUGCUAGUGGUGCUGUUGAAUCUGAUCAAGUAUAUCUUGAUCGUAUUAAGGCACGAGAAAUUAUAUCGGACGCAUUUCUUCAAGUAACUCGAAUUAAACCUGAUGAUCCAAUUGAUUUUCUUUAUAGUUAUUUUGAAAGUCAAUGUCAAACAAAACCAUAUGAAAAAGCAUUAACUCGUUUACAUCUUGCUGAUCCUAAACAUCCAUCAUUUGAAUCUUUACUUGUUGAACUUUAUUCAAAUUUUAAUAUAUUAAAUGAUGAUAUCUUAUUGCUUAAAGGUGAUUUAUAUAAUAAACUAUUAGAAAAUCUUUGUAAUAAUCAAAUCUGGUCGUCAUGUAAAGAUCAUCGAGCAACAUUACUUUCAUUAGUUAGUCUUCGUCCAAAUGAUGCUGUUAGUUUUAAUGUAUUUAAAUAUGGUAUUCAAGCUAUUCUUCUUGCAAAAGGUUAG